CUGUUCUGCAAUAGAGUUGUACUUGGUCUGUGAUAGAAUCAUGCGUACCACAUCCCCUGCUGCUGCUGUUACUGCUGCCGGUCCUGGUCCCGGUCCUGGUCCUGGUCCUCCUUGUCGCGAUUCCAUUGCAGAUCGAAGCGAAAUUGAUUCACUUCACGUCGAGACUACUACAAGAAGAAAUGUUGAUGAGCAUGGCAAUGUACGACCACUUCAAGAUGAUACAGACACGCAAAUCCAAACCCAUCUCCUCAUCCCAAUCUACCGCACUCUCACCUACAUCCCCCCCUCCUGCCGCUGGAACCCCUCCUCUCCGCCCAAAUUCUCCCUCUCCUUAAACAUCCUCUUCGCCUUCGCCGGAGCCUUCACCGUCGCAAAUCUCUACUACUCACACCCCAUCCUCAACAUCCUCGCCACCGACUUCCACGUCGACUACACUCGAAUUUCUCAAAUCCCCACCUUAGCGCAAGCAGGUUAUGCCGCCGGAUUAUUAUUUCUCUGUCCGCUGGGAGACAUUUUACCCCGACGACCCUUUGUUCUGACUUUGGUGUUUGCGACUGCGACGCUGUGUAUCGCCAUGGCAGUAACAAAGUCUGUGACGGUGUUUAGUACGAUUCAAUUUCUCACGGCUGUCACGACGGUUACGCCGCAGCUCAUGAUGCCUUUGGUGGGAGAUUUGGCGCCUCCGGGACAGAGGGCGUUUGCGUUGUCGAUUGUGUCGACGGGAUUGUCUUUGGGGAUUUUACUGGCGAGGUUGUUGGCGGGGAUUGUCACGCAGUAUACUUCUUGGCGCAAUAUUUAUUGGAUGAGUGUCGGGUUGCAAUAUCUCAUUUUUGGGAGUUUGUGGUGCUGUAUGCCGGAUUAUCCCAGCACGAAUGCGGAUUUGCGGUACGGAGAGGUUUUGUGGUCGAUUGUGGGUAUGGUGGGGAAAUAUCCGGUGUUGGUGCAGGCGUGUUUGGUGUCGUUUUGUACGAGUGCGACUUUUACGAAUUUUUGGACGACGUUGACCUUUUUGCUGGCGGGCGAGCCUUAUCAUUACUCGCCCGUCGUUAUUGGGCUAUUUGCGCUCAUUGGCAUCUGUGCCAUGCUGAUGGGGCCGGUGUAUGCCAAGUAUGUCACCGAUCGCUUCGUGCCGCUCUUCACUGUGCUACUGGGCAUGUGUUGGUGCAUGAUUGGCAUUACCGUGGGCACGUACACAGGCACCUUCACCGUCGUGGGACCCAUUUUGCAAGCACUCUUCAACGACUUUGGCUCGCAGUCGAGUCAAAUUGCCAACCGCAGCAGCAUCUUUACUGUCGAACCCAAGGGACGCAACCGGGUCAACACCGCAUACAUGGUAUUUACCUUUGCCGGACAGUUGACGGGCACGAGUGUCGGCGCGAGUUUGUAUGAGCGCAAAGGCUGGGUGGCGAGCGGGAGUUUUAGUGUCGCGAGCAUUGCUGUUGCACUUCUGGUAACGCUCUCGCGAGGACCGUGGGAAGAGGGGUGGAUUGGAUGGCAUGGCGGGUGGAGUAUCUGGAAAAAAGACCGUUCCAGUGCGGAUGGUAAGGUGCGCGAAGAAGAUCCUGCUAGCCUUGCGCAGUCAUCUGUGAAUGACGAGGAGAGUACUACGGGCAUGGAACGUGACGGCAGAGGAGACGACCAAGGAAUGGUUCAUGCGGUUGAUGCAGAGAAGAGUAUAGAAUGGAGUGCGGCGAACAUGGACACAGCCGACACUGCGGCCACAGCAUGGAAGUUGAAGAGCACUGCCUGGCAUACAUUGGAUGGCAUAGCAUGAGCAUGGCAGCUUCUGCUCCUACAGAAGACUCUUCGCCGACACCUCAUCGAGGACUCGCGCUCGUCGUGCUGCGAGUGCUAGUGCUCCAAGCGGCAGGCCUCAAUUCAGUGUCGAGUGCAGUCUCCAUCUUUUCGCCUCUCUUCUUGUGCAGCUCUUUCAGUUUCUUUUCUGUCCGCAUAAAUUCUCUGAUGCCAAUCGGUACACCGGCAAAAGGAUCAUCCUCCACCCCACCAGCACCUCCCUCUAUCACUGCAGCAACUUGCUCAGGGAUAGCGUCGUUCCAUAACGUCUCGCUGCCUCCUCCAUCAUCGUCCAUACUGAUCGCCACAUGGUUGGGUGCGUCUGAUUCUGCAGACAUGAGGCCUGUAGCCUGUCCUUGCAGCCGCUGAAUAUUUUGAGCCGUCUUGGCCUCCUUCAUCUUCAGAGCAUACUCUUCCAAUUCCUCGCGAAAGCGUUCCCAGACGCAGUUCACGCAGCCGGACAUGCAGCAAUUAUCGGGCUCCUCCGGUUUGGGCGGGAUCAACACACCAGCAAUCAUGCGAGACUUGCUCUCCAUGAGGCGUUUGCGUUCUAGAGCAUCACGUUCGCGAUCGCCAAAGACGCGCUUCGCUCGAGCCAGAGUGGAGUUUUCGUCAUCUUGCUUCUCCACCUCUUUUGCCGUCAUAGGAUAGAGGUCUUCCGGCGAAGGGUCGGCGUAUGGACGGUCGACAUGUUGACGCUCGCCAUGGAGAGGUGCAUCGAGGGCAUCGAUCUCAUAGCCGGGAUAUGGAGAAGAAGUAUUUGCUUUGUCGUUGCGGCGAGUGGUGUGUGCGAUGCGGCGCGUCUGGAGCCGUGGCCGUGGACAUGAGGCUCGAGAGGCUGUGGUUCUGGCAGCGGAAGCAGGGAGAUUUCGUCGUGUGAAAGCAGAGGAUAUGCGCAGCGCCGGUCGCAUUGUUGUCC